AUUUACCACGGUCCCUGAAUGCAUCAGAAGUUGCGUGUUUCGCUGGUGUGUAUUUGUAUCUAUUUGUGUCUGUUUGGUUGUGUAUAUGUGGACCGUGUGCAGACCGCGUGUGGCGCAGAGGAGGACUGACAACAAACACAGUUUCGGGGUCUGAGCCGUUGUCGUGGUGAUGAGCAGCAGCGAGUGUUUUGGAUGUGGCCGUAGCGGUCACUGGGUGAAGAACUGUCCGAGUGGAAGUCGAGGGCGUGGAAAAGGACGCGGCAGAGGGAAAGACCUUUUUUGUUAUCGCUGUGGGGAGCUGGGCCAUGUUGCCAGGGACUGCGAGAGGACUGAAGACGCCUGUUAUAACUGUGGCAGAGGAGGUCACAUCUCCAGAGACUGUAAGGAGCCGAAGAAGGAGCGCGAGCAGCUCUGCUACAACUGUGGGAAGGCCGGACACAUGGCCCGGGACUGCAACCACGCCCACGAGCAGAAGUGCUACUCCUGCGGUGGAUUUGGACACAUCCAGAAAUGCUGCGAGAAGGUCAAAUGCUACAGGUGUGGAGAGAUCGGCCAUGUUGCCGUGCACUGCAGCAAGGCGUCGGAGUUAAACUGCUACAACUGUGGGAAAUCUGGUCACCUGGCAAAGGAAUGCACCAUCGAGGCCACCGCCUAGCUGCCGCAUAACCCCCCAACCCUCACCUCUUUUUUCUCUUCUUUCUUUCUCUUUAUUCUUUUCCUCUGAUCCUCCUCUUCUCAUUGGCCGGGAGUACUGUCAGUCAGACUCACAGCAGCCAAUCAGAGCAGACGGAGGAAGAAAAAGGGGCGGACACUAAAAAACAAAAACAACUUUGUUCUGCAUUUUUAAAGGAAAAAAACAACAGAUUUGUGUUUUUAGUUUGGUAGCAGUGUCAUAAUGUACAAAGCUUUGAGUAAGAAUCAUUUCUGCCCAGCCGAUUGGCUGAGAAGGUUAGCAUUAGAAAACAAAGCCCCUCCUCCUGGGUUAAAGGGGGCGGGGCUGACAUAGAGGGAAUAUGACAGAAGUUUCUUACUUCCAACACAGUGAUUAACUUUUACUUUCUUUUUCUGGACAAAACAACAAGUUUCUCUAUCUGAAAUGUGAUUGGCUCUGACUCCAGCAAACAGCCAAUCACGUCGCAGGUCUGACCACGUCAUUGCAACAUGGACGAACAAAAGAGCCAAUCAGAGCAUGUCACACAGACGAAAAAGGAACAUUAAUUUAAAUAUUUUUACGGUGCUUUUUGUUGCUGUUUGGACCUCAUGGAGCAGACGGAGCCUAACAAUAAUAAUAAAGAUAAUAACGACGCUAAAACGCCUUUGAAAACAAGGAUUUCAGUUUGGAGAGGGAGAAUGUUUUCACAAAAAAUCCAAAUGUUAUUUUUGUACAAUAUAUCACUUAGAGCUACUAUAAAAUGUCUUUGGUUGUACUGAAGCCUGUAAGUUUAUCUGACAAUAAAAACAUGGAGGAGGAUGAAGAGA